UAAAAAAAACCAACAAAAUAAGAAAACAGCUUAUAUGAAAAACAAAAUAAAAUAAAAUUAGUGAAUUAUCAUUUCUGGAAACAGAGAAGGAAGCUGUCUGUAUAUCAAGGGAAACAAUUAAAGUGGACUGCUCAAGAUGUCAUGUAUAUAUCUUCCUCUCUAGAAAAAUAAAACCAAAGUUGGGAACUUGCUUGGACCAGAUCACUUUUCCCUCGGCAUCAGUAAGCUUAAGAAAGAAAAAAAAAAAAAAGAACACAAUCACUUUGGUUCCAGGGGAUCAUUUUUACCUUGUGCAUUUACCACACACUCUCUCUCUCUCUCUUUUCAUUAUUGUCAUAUCAAAACUGGAAAAAGCAAAACAAAAAACUGGAUUUUCUCAUAAAAAAAGUUGGGAACUUGCUUGGAAAUUUAUAAGCACUUGGCACCCGACAUCACUUUGUUGAGAAAAGAAAUUUCCUUGAAAUUUCCUUUCACUUUUUUGGUGGAAAACAUUUGUCAUUUCACUUUUGUAGUACAUUUCCUUGAAUUAGAGUUAUAAAAAAGGUAUUUUCUAAUCAUAAAAUGGCAGAUACGUCAAAAUGAAAUAAGUUGCUUUUUCCUCUUGAGAGCCCACAACACGGUUUCUUUUUUGUUUUCUUUUUUAGUUACUUUUUGGUGUCGGUGUGGUGAGUCUUUUCUUAUGUCAAUUGUAGAGUCUUCGAUGGUAGAAUCGGUUGGUCUUCUUUCUGAUGUCAAAUUGUGGAGAAAUUAUAGAAUGGUAUGGAUAUAUUACGUCAGUAUGUGAUACUUUCAUUUAAAUAUUGCCAUGUGUCUAUUUUAAAAUAAAAAUUAAACUUUUUUACAGCUGGAUUUAUUUCUUAAUUUUUAUGUUAUGAAAUAACAUUAGAAAAUUAAAAAACUUAAGAAAAAGGAACCCCUCACGAACCCAACACCUCUAAUCCCAAAAACAUGCUAUGACCGCCACCCAUCUCCACACUACCUGCCAAGACUGCCACCCAUCUCCCUUCCUCUUCCUCUUUCUCUUCCUUUUUCCUUUUUCUUUUCAACCCUUAUAGUAAUUGUAGGUAAUGGAGUUUAAAGAGAGGUAGAGAAAACUAGUAUUGAUGAUUAUGAUGAUGAUGAUGAUGAAAUGGAAUAGUGGAAGCGUUGGUGUUUGUGUUAAUGGUUGGGAAAUGUUAGAGUGAAUGUAAAACAGAGACCCUUUGACAGAAUUGUUGUAUUGUAUUGAUUGAAGUAAUUGUUACCAAGGAGUUACAGUAUUGGAUCUGGGUUUGGAAAUAGUAUGAUGAUGGCAAAGGUUAUCAUGAUCAAUUUCAGAGAAAAGGGAAUUAAGGAAGAUGUGAGGGUUUGGACGCCGGUGGCAAGGUGAAGAAGAAAAUAGAUGGGAGGAAGAGGAAGAGAGAGGGAUGGCAUCCAUGGUACGCAGUGGGGUUUUAGUGGAGAGGCAGCUGUUGGGAAUAAUUUUUUCUUUCUUUUUAUGUUUUUCAAAUUUUAAAUUUUAUUUCACAAUAUAAGUCCAGCUGUAAACAAAUAUUUAAUUUCUAUUUUAAAAUGGACACAUGAUAAUAUUUUAAUAGGAAUAUUACAUGGUAAUAUUUUAAUGGGAGUAUUACAUGCUGACGUAAUAUAUCCGUACUAUUCUAUAAUUUGACGUAAGAAACCGUACUAUUCUAUAAUUUGACUUAAGAAAGAAGACCAACCGAUUCUACCAUCGAAGACUCUACAAUUGACAUAAGAAAAGACUCACCACACCGACACCAAAAAAUAAUUAAAAAAGAAAACAAAAAAGAAACCGUGUUGUUUCUUUCUCUCUUCCAUUAUUUCCUUUCUUACGUAUAUCCCAUCCCUCCUCUUUUCAUCUGUUCCUUCAACUCUCGGGAAAAUAUUCAAUAUAGAGUAUUUUUUUUUUUCAUUUUCUGGUGACAGUUAACUUUGCAUCUUGUUUUGGUUGGAUUGGUUUGUUUUGCUGCCAAUUCUCUGGCCCGUGAUUGUGGUGCUGUUGUCCGAGUUGCUGCGUUUCCAUUUCAUUAAUCUCUAGUUUGUUUUGCUGGAUUUCCAGGAACUGUCUUUUUCCAAUGGCCUUGAGCACCCAAAGAGCCUCUACAUCUCGUACUUCAGCUGAAUGGGCUCCUCCCCAUUGGAAGCAUGAUGUCUUUUUGAGUUUCAGGGGUGAAGACACUCGCAGCGGUUUUCUAUCCCAUUUAUACCAUGAACUGCAGUACUGGCAAGCAAUUAAAACUUUCAAGGACGACCAAGACCUUGAAAGAGGGGCAAGUAUCUCUCCGGAGCUCUUGCGCGCAAUCGAAGAAUCACAUCUUGCCAUCAUUGUUCUCUCGCCUAAUUAUGCUUCUUCCGCCUGGUGCAUGGAUGAGCUUUCCAAGAUUCUUGAAUGCAUGCAAGACACCGAGAGAAUUCUUCCAAUCUUUUAUCACGUGGAUCCUUCCGAUGUACGAAAUCAAAGGGGGAGUUUUGCGGAAGCCUUCACUAAGCAUGAAGAAAAGUUUAGGGUGGUGAAUUGGUGGAGAGUUCCUUUAAGAAAAGUAGUCAAUCUCUUAGGGUGGGAUUCAAAGCAUGAAGAGUUUAGUGGAGAUGUAGAGAUGGUGAAUCGGUGGAGAUUUGCUUUAACAAAAAUAGCCAAUAUCUCUGGGUGGGAUUCAAAGAAUUAUCCGUCGGAAGCAGAGCUUAUUAAACACAUUGUCAAAUGUGUGUUCAAGAAAGUGCAUCCAACGUUCAUGUUGUCAAGUUCUCUAGACAAGUUAGUCGGAAUUGAUUCUGCACUUGAGCAACUACAUUUGCAUUUAGCUCCCAAAGAUAAUGAUGUUCGCUUUAUAGGGAUAUGGGGGAUGGGUGGGUUGGGCAAAACAACCCUUGCUAAGCUAGUUUUCGAGAGAAUUUCCCAUCAUUUUGAACUUAGCUGGUUUCUAUCUAAUGUGAGAGAGGUUUCUGGAAAGCAAGGUGGUCUAGUUAAUCUACAAAGACAGAUUCUUUUCCCAAUCUUGAAAGAAAAUGUUGCCUAUGUUGGGGAUGAAGAAGCCGGAACCCUUUUCAUUCAGAACCGUUUAUGGAAUAAAAAGGUUCUUCUCGUGCUUGAUGAUGUGGGUCAACUAAACCAAUUAGAAAAACUGGUUGGAAAUAAAAAAUGGUUCGGUGUGGGGAGUAGAAUUGUCAUCACAACUAGGGAUGAGCGUCUACUAGUUGAGCAUGGUAUAGAGAAAGUGUAUAAGGUCAUUGUAUUAAAGGAUGAUAAAGCUCUUGAGCUCUUUUGUCGACAUGCCUUUAAGAAAGAUCAGCCUAAGGAAGGUUUUCAGGAACUGUCUCGGCAUUUCCUAGAUUAUGCCAAAGGCCUUCCAUUAGCUCUUAAAACUUUGGGGCGUGCUUUGUAUGGGAGAGAUCAAGAUGCGUGGAAGAGUGUGUUGCAUAAUCUAAACAAAAUUCCUGAUCCAGAUAUUUUUGAUUCGCUCAAAGUAAGUUAUGAUGGACUAAAAGAGAUGGAGAAGAAAAUUUUUCUGCAUGUUGCGUGUCUCCAUAGAGGGAAGAAUAAAGAGCAAGUAAUUCAAAUACUAGACUGUAUCCUUGACAUUUCCAGUCAUAUUGAGAUAGAUAUUCUUAUUGAGAAAUCUCUGUUAACUAUUGAGAAAGGCCACUUUCGUACCAACAUUGUCGAGAUGCAUGAUUUGAUACAAGAAAUGGCAAGGAGAAUUGUUCAUGAAGAGUCUCCCAAGCCUGGUAAACGCAGUCUUUUGUGGCAUCACAGUGACAUUUCUCAUGUAUUCAUGAACAAUACGGGAACGGAAGCAAUUGAAGGCAUAGUCCUAGAUCUGCCCAAAUUAGAAGAAGUGCCCUGGAAUUGUACUGAAGCCUUCAAUAAGAUGCACGGGUUAAGGCUCCUUGACUUUAAUAAUGUGAUGUUUUCUUCAGGCCCUGAAUUUUUUCCAGAUUCCUUAAGAAUUAUCCAUUGGAGUUGGUAUCCUUCCAAGUUGCUCCCAUCAAGUUUUGAACCACAUUUGCUUUCUAAACUAGAAAUGAGGGAUAGCAAACUUGUCCGGCUUUGGGAUGGAGCAAAGGAUUUUCCGAAUUUGAAAUCUAUAGAUCUUAGUUUCUCUCAUAAAUUGACCAGUAUCCCAGAGUUCACACGCAUUCCAAAUCUUGAGGAAUUGAAUCUGCAAUGUUGUGAGAAAUUAGGCGAGGUUCACCCGUCUAUUGCAGUUCACAAAAAGCUAAAGGUUUUAAAUUUUUAUCAAUGUAAAAGUAUUAAGAGUCUCCCAAGUGAGUUGGAAAUGGAUUCUCUUGAAUUCUUUAGUCUUUCGGGCUGCUCAAAAGUGAAAAAGAUUCCAGAAUUUGGGGAACAUAUGAAGAAGUUGAAAACGAUUCAUCUAUGUAAGACUGCUAUCGAGCAAAUACCUUCAUCAAUUGAACAUCUGGUUGGCCUUAAUUAUCUAUCUAUAAGUGGUUGCAAAAGUCUCUUGGGUCUACCGAGUGCGAUAUGCAAUUUGGAUUCUCUUGAAACCCUCAUUGGCAACGGAUGCUCAAAAGUUGGCAUGAAAAAUCUCAAAAGUCUAAACCUUAGUGGACCAGUUGCUUCAAGGGGUGGCAUUUGGUGGAUCGUUGACCGCAUCUUUGGAAUUAGAAAGAAACCUGACCCUGAGCGUUGGGGUUUGGUGUUGUCUUCUCUAAAUCGUUUAGGGUCUUUGACAAAAUUAGAUCUGAGUGAUUGUAAUAUUGGUGAAGGAGCCAUUCCAGAUGAUUUCAACUGCUUGUCCUUUUUAGAAGAUUUGGAUCUUUGUGGAAACAAUUUCGUUAGCCUUCCCUCAAGCAUUAGAUUCCUUUAUGAGCUUCGGUAUCUUCAAUUGCAGAGGUGCAAAAGGCUUGAGCAAUUGCCAGAUCUUCCGCCGAAGAGAUAUUCCUCAUUACUUGUAUAUGUAGACGACUGUACUUCCUUAAAAAGGCUGUCAGAUCCAUCAAAGUUGAGCGAAGGAGCCAAUGUGUAUGAUUUUUGGUUUAGUUGUUUUAAUUGCUUCAGAUUGGUUGAAGAAGAAGGCUGGAUUAAUAAUAGAAUAUUUGCAAUGAUAAUGAGAUUCUCCGCUGAGGUACCUCAUGACCGUAUUAUAUGGCCUGGAAGUGAAAUUCCAGAUUGGUUCGAUAAUCAAAGUGUGGGAGAUUCAAUAAUUGUGGAGCCGCCCCUACCACCACAAACAUGUAGUGACUGGGUUGGGAUUGCUUUCUGUGUUGUUUUUGAAGAUUAUGAACAUUUGAAACGUCUAGGCUACAAGUAUUUACAAAUUCUCUGUUCACGGAAACGGCCUAAUACAACAAACAAAACAAAAGCCCAUCAACAAAUAGUCGGGAAUCUUUUUGUUUUGGGCAAAAUUACAGUGGAUCUUAGUUCACAACACCUUUUGGUUUCCUAUUUGCCUGGCAAUGAUCCCUAUCAGUUAUCAUUUGAAGGGCAUUCUUGGUCAAUCGGAUCUUCGUACAAAGAACUGAAAACAAGCUUGAUUAUAAAGAAAUGUGGAACCCGUUUGGUGUACAAGAGAGAUUUGGAAGAAUUCAGCCGAAUACUGAAAAUCCCGAUGCCAGCAGUGUAUGGAUACGAUGACGAGGCAGGCCCAAUUGAUAGUGAAAGUGGUAGCUCUGAUGAGGAAAACUAGUUUUAUUCACAAAGUUUCAAAUUUAUGAGAAUGAAGCAACCACAAGUUCUCAAUCAGCGAAAACGAUGAAUUGGGAGAAACUUAUGAAGAUGGCGGGUGCAGUUCACACUGGUGGAAAGGGUAGCAUGAGGAGAAAGGAGAAGACUGUUCACAAGACAACUACCACAGAUGACAAAAGGCUUCAGAGCACCAUUAAGAGAAUAGGGGGUGAACGCUAUUCCUGAAAUCAAGGAAGUUAACAUAUUUACGGAUGAUGUUGUCAUCCAGUUCAUGAACCCCAGAGAGUUGCAAGAUAUUCUUCCCAGUAUAUUAUCAGCCACUUGGGGCCAGAUAACUUGGACAAUUUGAUGAAACUGGCAGAGCAGUUCCAGAAGCAAGCGCCUGGUGCUAGUGCUGCUGGUGGAACCACUCUACAAGAGGAUGAUGAUGACGAGGUCCCUGAGCUUGUUGCUGGUGAGAACUUUGAAGCUGCUGCGGAGGAGAAGCAAGCUUCGUAGAGAGUUUCAAGGGGAUUUUGUGUCAUUUUAUACUUGGUUAAUUUUAUCUUUUUGGUUAAAAUCUAGUUUUACUAUUCCCUAAUUCUUGAUCGAUUAUUGUGUUUAAAGAUUAUUUUCCUGUCUUUAGAUGAUUGUUAUAAACACAUCAAGUAACGAAACCCUUUUAAGCCUUCUGAUUC